AUGGAGGCACCCGGGGGCUGGCUGGUGGUCUGUGUCCUCCUCGUAUCCCUGACCUCCACCAUGACCCAAGAUGUGUGCCGAGCACCAAAUGGGAAGGACGGAGCCCCAGGAAUUCCUGGUCGACCAGGGCGCCCAGGCCUCAAAGGGGAGCAAGGGGAGCCAGGGGCUGCUGGCAUCCGGACAGGUAUCAGAGGCCCCAAAGGAGACCAGGGGGACCCUGGGCCACCUGGAAGAGCUGGCAACAUGGGCUUCCCAGGACCCAGUGGCCCCCCAGGGGCUCCUGGGCUUCCGGGGCUGAAGGGCAUCAAAGGUAACCCAGGAAACAUGAGGGACCAGCCACGGCCAGCCUUCUCAGCAGUGAGGAGAAACCCCCCAAGAGGAGGAAACAUAGUCAUCUUUGACACCGUCAUCACCAACCAGGAGGGCCCCUACCAGAACUACUCGGGCCGGUUCAUCUGCGCCGUGCCCGGCUACUACUACUUCACCUUCCAGGUGGUGUCCAAGUGGGACAUCUGCCUGUCCAUCAUGUCCUCCACGAGGGGCCAGACCCGGCGCUUCCUGGGCCUCUGCGAAACCAAUAGCAAGGGGCUUUUCCAGGUGGUGUCGGGGGGCACAGUGCUCCAGCUCCAGCGCAAUGACCAGGUCUGGAUCGAGAAGGACCCUACCAAGGGCCGCAUUUAUGAGGGGAUUGAGGCAGACAGCAUCUUCAGUGGCUUCCUCAUCUUCCCAUCCACCUGA